AUGUCCACGCCCACCGCAACCCGCUUGAUCCGCCAAACGGCCACCAACGCAUCAAGAGCGAGAGUCCUUCUCCAACCAUCCAAUGCCCGCCGUUUCCAUUCGCCAUCGUUUCGUCUGGGAGCUGUGAGAGUGCAGACCUCACAACCAAGAUGGAUCUCGUCGACGCGAAGCUCACGUGCCGGUUUGAUGCCAGAUACAGAGGAGCCUCAACCGCCGAAAGAGGAGCCAUCAGAAACUGCUCGCCCGUCGCAGCCAACUGAGAUCAGCGAUGAGGAAUAUCACGAGCGAUCAGAAGAGUUCAUGAACACAUUGAACGAGAAGGCUGAGCAGCUUGCGGAAGGCAGAGAGGAUGUGGAGGUGGAGUACAGCGCUGGCGUACUGACGAUUACCUUCCCUCCCAACGGCACCUACGUGAUCAACAAGCAGCCUCCGAACAAGCAAAUCUGGCUCUCGUCACCAUUGUCCGGGCCCAAGCGCUACGAUUGGGUGGUCGUCGGAGAAGGCAUGCACCAGAAAGAGGGCGGAGGAGUUGGCGAAUGGGUAUACCUACGAGAUGGCAGCACCCUGACCUCACUAUUGGCUUCAGAAUUGGGCUUGGUCGUCGACCCACACCACGAAGAACACCCUCCCAGUACGGAUCCGACUGAGUAG